AUGAUUACAGGGUUGCACUGUUUGGACGUGCCUUUUGCUCGUUUCCAGGACCUUUCCGUCUGGCUGGAAAGGGUCAAUGCCACACUGCCCAACCAUGUUAUGACCGGCUUCACUGUGAGCUAUGUGGUGGUUCUCCUGCUUUUCUUCCCCAUUCUCUAUGCUGUAUUGAGAGUUGUGUGGGCGUUAGCAGCGGAGGGGCCCGCACGGAAGUCCAUGACCACGUUCUUCAUUCUCAUAUUGGGCGUGCCGCUGUAUCCUCUGCUUGCUGCCCUUCUGCUAGCUCUGAUUUGGCUACUAGCCGGCUUUGUGGUGCUGGCUAUAUCAAGCUUUGGCCCAGCAGCACUAGGCCUGUGGGCGCUGAUGCAACUAUGGGAGCUGAUGGAGAAACUGGUGUCCGAGGAGCAGGCUCAAGCAAGCCGAGUGCAGAGAGAAGACAUUACAUGCUGGGAGCUGAUCUGUGGCCUGCUGAUUGGCGUCCUGAGCUGCUGCAGCUUCGGCGUGCUGGCGCUCGCCUUGACGAUUCUGAAGUCGCCUCUGGUGAUUCUCUCCGUGGUGCUGCGCUUUGUGUAUGAGUCGGUGUGCCGUUGGCUGAUCCUGGUGCAUUGUGUCUGCCGGCCCUUCUGCUCAUGCUGUGGGGAUCAUCGGGACAUCCCACUUGGACAGGAAGGUCGAUCCAUCCAAGAGCUGAUGGCUGAGGGCCACUCCGCAGAGGAUCUUAAGGACCUGGGCGCCAGCGUGGGGGACUUGUAUGGUGCAGGCUUUACAAUGCUGGAGUUGUACGAAGAGGCAGACUUCAGUAGACGAGACUUCUACGAUGCGGGGUUGAUGGAGGAGGUGGAAUGGCAUGAGCGAGGGGGAAGCUGCUGGUGGUGGUGGUUCCCUCUUGUCUUCUUGGCAUGGUUGAGCUCGAUCGUGUGCCUGGUAGCUGCCCUCUUGUUGGUCGUGGUCUUGGCAGCCUUGGCCAAACUCAUCCUGGCAGUUGUAUGGCCAGCCUACAUCGCUGCAGGUUGGCUGCGCAUCUUGGCGCAAGCCCGUCGCCGCCCCAGUGCUCGGACUUGCUGUGAGCCAUUGGUGCAGGGCUUCAAAGCUGGCUAUCAGGUGGGACUCUUCGCCAGUUCCUGGGACUUGCGCUUGCGCACGCUCGCCCACCGACUCGAGGUGUCGCAAGACGUCGUGCAGGAAGCCUGGCGGGGACUGGGGCGCCAGAUGAUCCGCUUCGGGCGGGAGGCCAUGGAAGAAGGGCUGCUGACAGAGGAGUUCGUGGAUGCUGUUCCUGGGGAGCUUUGCAUCGGACUUCCGGCAAGAGCACUGUUGGAUGCAGUCGAGCGCUCGCCCAGGAAGGAGUUGCUGCUGGUCGGAGGUUUGAGAAUCGCCGCGCAUCAGAUUCCUGAGCUGGGCCACUUUGCAGAAAAAGUUUGGGAGCACUUCUGUCAGGCCCAAGAGGCCAGGAGCCGGGCUCAAAUCAGCGUAGAAGUUCACCGGCUUCUGUGCGCGGUGCUUCUGGCAGGAGGUGCCGACCCAGCUUCACUGCCCCCGGGCCUUUCAGAGGCGGUGAGGCAGUAUGAAAGCCUGCCCAAAGCAACCUACGAGGCUUGCCAAGCAAUUGUUCGGCCUUUGGUUGCCUUCGGCCUGGAGUGUGGUAGUCAACACGAGUUUAAGGAAAAGUUGGAACUCGUGAUCCAGUCCAUGGCGGACGUGGGUUCGGAAGAGUUGGGCCAGUACAUCUAUGCAGUCUAUGACACGCUGGACAGCGAGUACAUCUUCAUCCUCUUUACGCUUCUGAAGCUCACCUGUCUCAUCAGCGUGCUCAAUCAUGUGAUCGCUUGCAUCUGGUACGCCACAGGCAGGAUGACCAUGGAGCGUGGGGAGCUGAACUGGCUGGAGAACACGAUCGUGAACGCCUCAUGGCCUAGCCACCCGCGUGCAACAUUGCAGCAGCUUUCGCGUGGGGCGCAGCUGGAGUUAUAUACUGGUCUGUUCAAUGUCGGGAACUUGAAGAAGCGGGAGAAGAACGCUGGGGCGGCCUUCGUUUUAUGA